AUGGACUUAUACGAACAGUUUCAUAUCAUCGCAAACUUUUUCUUCCUCCUAAUUUCCAUUCUAUACUUCUUUGGUGAGACUCCUAUCAAUCCAUUGACAACAAUUGCUCCCCUUGUAAUCGUCGUUGGUAUAUCAAUGGUAAAGGAUGCAAUCGACGAUAUGAAGCGUCACAAAACUGACCGUGAGUUUAACCGAACACCCUACUUAGUCCUAACUCACGACCCAAAUGGACAAACCUCACGAUGGGAGAAUCGACACUCGCAAAACCUUCGUUGUGGAGAUAUCAUAAUUUGCCACGAGAACAACUCGUUUCCCUGCGACAUGUUGCUUCUGGCCUCAAGCAAUACCAACGGCAAAGUCUACAUCACAACAGACAACCUCGAUGGGGAGUCGAGUGUGAAAACCACAAACACGCUGUCAUUCACACAGUCUGCUUUGGCAUCAACAGUGCAGCGUGUGGGAGAGGGACAGUACGACAAUGUCACGAUCGAUCUGCCGCACUCGGAGAUAAUGUGUGAGGAUCCAAACGAGGACCUGAAGUCGUUUGAUGGUAGUUUCAACUGUGCAGAAAAGGAGUCAAUUCCUCUCUCCCUGAACAACUUGGUUUUGCGUGGAGCAGCUCUUCGACACACCGCUUUCAUUCUCGGUGUGGCCGUGUACACAGGCGGUGACACGAAGUUGUCAUUGAAUGGGAAGCCGGGUUUUCGAAAGUUCUCCUCCUCCUCGAGACGAUUUAACGCAAUCCUGCUAGGCUUCAUGGUGGCCAUGUUCGUGGUGACCCUCGUUGCCACUGUGCUGCACUUUGCAUGGCGACGUUUGCCUCUCGGCUCUGCUUGGUAUAUUCCCACCUUA